GUUUUAAUCUUCAGGUCCAUUUCCGAUCAAUUUAAUGUCGGUAGAAGUACCGCAUUGUAUAUAACAAGACGUAUCAUAAAUUCACUUAAUGAGCUGGCACCUAUGGUAAUUAAAUGGCCUACAAAUGAACGAGUUGGUCAAGUGUGGGCAGGAUUUGAAGCUACCAGUAGAUUUCCUAAAGUCAUUGGUGCUAUUGAUGGUACACACAUCAAUAUUCCAGCUCCCAAAGAUUAUCCAGAAGCGUAUGUCAAUCGCAAAGGUCAUCACUCAAUCCAACUUCAGGCUAUUUGUUACCACACUUGCAAAUUUAUUCAUUGUUAUGUUGGACAUGUGGGGUCGGUACAUGAUCAGCAAGUGUUUCGUCUGUCGAAAGUACAAUCCUACCUUGGAGAUGUGUCAAAAUUUCCACAAGAGUGCCACGGUUAGUUGGAGAUCUAGCCUAUAAAUUGCAUAAAAAUUUGCUAACACCGUAUCGAGACAAUGGCCAUAUGACACAACGUCAACGAAAUUAUAACUUUUGUCAUGCUUCUACGAGAAUUGCUAUUG